AUUUCCUAUAUCAGUUUCAUUUAUUUUCACUCCAAACACUUCUCAUUUCUUUUUAUUGAGUCUCUCUGCUUUUUGAAAGAAAUAUAAUCCAAAAUGGAUCAGACUAAGGACGCUUUCAAGGCCGGUGAAUCAAAAGGCCAAGCCAGGGAGAAGACCGGGCAAAUGGUGGAUAAGGCUUCAGAAGCUGCUGAAUCUGCUCAGGAAUCCAUGCAGCAGGCUGGUCAGCAGAUCAAAGCUAAGGCACAAGGAGCAGCUGAUGCAGUUAAGGAUGCAACUGGGAUGAACAAAUGAAGAAGAACCAUGCCAAGAACCAGCAGCUAUCUAGCUACCACUGCCAAUUCAAUUUGAUAAUCCAUCGAUCAUGUUCUAUUUUUUCAAUAAUACCAUCUGCGCUAAUUAUGUCAUUUUCUUGUAAUGAUUAAUUGAUGCAGGAAUGAAAUUGGCAUUUUUUAAUUUCAAUUUUGAAUCUCCAUUCAUUUAAUUAUCCUACCACUAGCUAGGUUGUUAUUUUAGUUUUUAGAGAAGUUCACUGUCAAAAUAAUUAAUGAACGAAGUUUUUUUUUCUUGUAUUCA